AUGCACAGCCUGGUUAAGCUGCUACUUGCACAUAGAGCGAAUCCAUUGCCUGAGGAACCGCCCGGCAUUAGUGUGCUCCCAUUGGUAAAUGGCUACAAGCCCACAUCGAAGUACGAAGAACCGUUCCCACUUCUGUACGUGGUUGCAUCAGGGCGUCUGAAUACUGUUGAGCCCCUCUUCAACCACGGUGCCGAACCAAAGGGAAUAGGACGAUGGCGUUCCAAGAGAAAUGGAAUUGAUGAUGUGUGCUUUUCGUUCGAGAUUUGUGAUCUGCCGUGCAUACGUUGGACUCUAGCAUAUCCAGAGAUCUUCCGCCUUCUGCUUGAUCGAGGUGCAGAUAUAUCACUGCCAGCAACAAAAGUCAUAAUCAAGUUCGACCGGGUUCCAGCGACGGGUGGGAUUAUCUCAACCCGUCAUGAGUUUGAGUGCCCAGGACGAGCACCCACAAGCACAAUUGUCCUCCAAAAGGCCCUGAAAAGCGGUCACACCGAAACAGUCCAAAUUAUCCUUGAAAAGUGGAUAUUAUUGCAAACUCCUGACCGAGAUAGCAGUUGGGAUUAA